AUGGGUAACUGUAGUUCUAGCCAUUGCCAUCCUCAGCGCCCUCAAUCAGCUGUUUCAGAUGCAGAACCCACGCGUAGCCUUCCCACCCUACAUCAUGAUUCUGCUGGCACUGCCAGGGGGCCGCCUGUGGGAGCGUAUAGUCCCCAAGCGCAAGUGGACCGUCUUGGGCCACCAGUUCACGUCCAACCCGGUCCCUCUAACCCAAAGGAGCACACCGUCAUCGCCUUGACCUUGAUCGGAACCAUGUCCUUCGACAACGGAAGUGUGGCCAGAGAUUCCUGGAAUGCUUUAAUCUUCAACUUUGGCAUCAAAGUCAACUUGGGCUUCCGCUUUCUCUUUCUCCUAGCACUUCGGCCCUCGCCAUGGACUGAAUCGGCAACCUGCAGAAGAUUCUUGUGGACCCAGCCUACUGCAUCUGGCCUCGUUGUCUGCCCUAGUGCCCGCGAGUUGCUGGAAGAUCAGCCGGAUGGGCUUCUUCUGGGUUGUGCUCGUGGGCAUCACGAUUUACCAGUUCAUUCCGCUCUUUCUCUUCACGGGUCUGGAACGAUUCGCUUGGAUCACCUGGUACGCCCCAAGCCCCAUCGAAUGGACCUCCUACCCACCACCUUGGAUUGGAACACCAUCACCGGGUAUAAUGACCCCCAGCUCGUUGUCCCCUCAUAUGCAUUUGUGAAUGUCCUCAUCGGGAUUGACUAUGAUGUGGCCUUGUGUUCCCAUGCCCUGCAGUACUGUCGCGAGUGCAGCGUCUUCUUCAUUGCAGCCGCCCGUCUGAAUCCCUACGACUUUUCCAAGCCCUGUGCCAAUAUUGCCAACUGCUACAUGGAUCUCCAGUGGGCGCGAGCCGACAUGAACAACUCUGCCAUAUACCGCGCCUUCAAUACACCUCCCGGUGCAACAUUUCAUAGUGAGGAUAUGGCCCUUUUCGCGAAAUUCGUGGCUAGCGGCGACGUGGGCCGGGAGUUCAUGGACUCAGUCUCGUACCUUCUCAACAACAUAUGA